AUGGAGAUCUUCCUGCCGGCGGACCCCUGGGGGUCCGGUAACACCAGCCUGGACGCAGGGUCCUCCGGGGGGCCGGGAGGCCGGGAGCAGAACCACACCGGCCUGUUCACCGGCACGGAGCUGCUGCUGCGCUUCAAGCCCCUCUUCCUGCCCCUCUACUGCCUCCUGGUGGCCGUGGCGGCCGUGGGGAACUGCUUCCUGCUGGCCUGCAUCUCCUCCGACAAGAAGCUGCACAACGCCACCAACUUCUUCAUCGGUAACCUGGCGGCGGGCGACCUGCUGAUGUGCCUGAGCUGCGUGCCGCUGACGGCGUCCUACGCGCUGGGCCGUGGCGGCUGGGCGUUCGGGCGGCCGCUCUGCCACCUGGUGCCGCUGCUGCAGGGCGCCACAGUGGUCGCCUCCGCGCUGUCGCUCACCGCCAUCGCCGUCGACCGCUACAUCGUCGUAGCCCACCCGGUCCGGAGGAGGAUCUCGGUGCGGGGCUGUGGGGGCGUGGCUCUGGGUAUCUGGUGCCUCUCCCUGGCGCUGGCGGCCCCGCCCUCCUUCUACACGCGCUACCUGGACCUCCGGCCCAGCGGCAUGCACCUGGUGGUCUGCGAGGAGUUCUGGCCCAGCAGCGGCCACCUGCGGCUGCUCUACUCCUGCUUCAUCCUCACGGCGUCCUACAUGAUCCCGCUGCUGUCCGUCAGCGUCUCCUACUGCGCCAUCAGCGGCAGCCUGCGGCGCCACGCCCUGCCCGGGGAGACCUCCCGCAGCCAGGAGCGCUGGAGCCGCCGCCGGAGGAAGACCUUCAGCCUGCUGGUGGCCUCCGUGCUCGCCUUCGCCCUCUGCUGGCUGCCCCUGCAGGUGCUGAACCUGCUGCUGGACCUGGACCCCGACUUCCACAUCAUGGGGAAGCGCUACAUCAACCUCCUGCAGGUGUGCUGCCACCUGGUGGCCAUGAGCUCCACCUGCUACAACCCCUUCAUCUACGCCUCGCUGCACAGCAAGGUCCGCCAGCACCUGAAGGGCUACCUCUGCUACCGCCGCCGCCGCGCCGCUCCCCGGGAGGGGGGGGCCGACGUCCACGGGGGGACCCUCACCUCCCCCUGCGCCUCCAGCCACACCAACGUCUACGGGGCCGUCCGGCGGACCCCCGGCUCCACGCCCUGCCCGGGCCGGGCCGGCAGUCCCCCGGGGGACGGGGGCCCGGCCGUGGCCGUAUUCACCGACGACGCCCGGCGCUAG